AUCGUUGUCAUCAUCCACUCGCUUCCUCUCUUUCCCUUUUGCUCUUUGUGUACCUGCAUAUCAGUUCAGUUUCUCAAACCUCACUCGUCCUCCUCCUCCUCCAUACUAACACUUCUUCCUUUUAACCCUCAUCUCUUUCCUCUUCCCCUUCUCGCUCCCCUCACAUCACCAUGGUCCGCAAAACCUCCUCGGGGUUCUUUACCUCCAUCCACGAAGAUCUACCUUUGCAUGUCGCUAGAGGCUAUGAUCGUGUCUAUCACCAGCAUUCGGCCUACCCCCAACAGGUCUCGCGCACUCGAGAUGAGCAUCCCCCUGUUGCACCCUUCUCGGCAGAAAAGUACACCCAACCCUACCUCGAUUUCAUGACCAACAAUCCCACCAUCUAUCAUGCCGUCGAUGCAUUUACAUCUGACCUCGCCAAGGCUGGUUACGAAUGCCUCUCGGAAAGGAAUCUGUGGAAGAUAAAGCCGGGUGGUAAAUACUAUAUCAAGCGAAAUGGCAGCGCAUUUAUUGCCUUUGCAGUGGGCAAGGACUACAAACCCGGAAACGGAGUUGGCAUCGUGGCUGGUCAUAUUGAUGCUUUGACUGCAAAGCUCAAGCCAGUCCCCAAGUUGGCUACCAAAGCUGGCUUUGUUCAACUCGGUGUUGCCCCUUAUGCUGGAGGACUGAACUUCACUUGGUGGGAUCGAGAUCUCGGUAUCGGUGGCCGAGUUCUAGUCAAGGGCAAGGAUGGCAAGAUCACCGAGCAGCUGGUCAAGUUGAAUUGGCCCAUCGCGCGAGUACCCACCCUGGCACCUCACUUUGGCGCCGCUGCCCAAGGUCCCUUCAAUCCAGAAACAAACAUGGUUCCCAUCAUUGGCCUUGACAAUUCUGACAUCACAGGAAAAGCCCAUGCUCCACUCAACCUGCCUGCUGGCACAUUUGUCGCCAAACAGCCCGAGAGACUGGUUCGGGCCAUCGCUGGCGAACUCGGCAUCCAGGAAUACACCGACAUCGUCAAUUGGGAGCUCGAGCUUUUUGAUAUUCAGCCCGCUCAGCUAGGUGGAUUGGACAAGGAGUUCAUCUUUGCAGGUCGCAUUGACGACAAAUUAUGUUGUUUUGCCGCCAUCCAGGGUUUGCUCGCUUCAUCAGACGAUGAUUCACCGGGUAUCGUCAAGAUGGUUGGCUGCUUCGAUGACGAAGAAAUUGGUAGCUAUCUCCGUCAAGGUGCCAGGAGCAACUUCAUGUCGAGUGUGAUUGAAAGGAUUGUCGAAUCUAGCUCUGACAAUUAUGGCCCCAAUCUCCUCAGCCAAACCCUGGCCAACUCCUUCCUCGUCUCGUCCGAUGUCAUUCACGCAGUCAAUCCCAACUUCCUCGGCGCCUAUCUCGAGAAUCACGCCCCUCGGCUCAACAUUGGCGUGGCCGUGUCCGCCGAUCCCAAUGGACACAUGACCACCGACAGUGUCUCGACCGCUCUCCUGUCGCGCAUCGCCGAGAAAAGUGGUAGUACUCUCCAAGUCUUCCAAAUUCGAAACGAUAGCCGCAGCGGUGGAACCAUUGGACCCAUGACUUCUUCCAAGCUGGGAGUCCGGGCUAUUGAUUGCGGCAUUCCUCAACUCAGCAUGCAUUCUAUUCGCGCCACCACAGGCUCCCUUGACCCUGGCCUGGGUGUGCAAUUGUACAAAGGUUUCUUUGAUCAUUUUCAAGAGGUGGACCAAGAAUUUGAGUAGAGAAAAUGAGCUCAGGAAUAGAUGUAACAACCUUCACAUGUAUACAAUACCACACAGAUCUUGGCUUGAGGGAAGCGGCUCCGCGAGACCCGCCUUAGAAGCGAGAUCAUGUCAACUAUUCA